UGACAGAAGGUGUGAGAGCGCUAGCCAAUCAGAAUCGCUGUACAUAGCAUUCUCUCGCUGACCCAGACUGAUGGUCGCUACGAGAUCGCGGUCUCGUGAGUUCGCUUGGAGUCGGCGGUGUGUCGAAUGUAGCGGUGUACACUGUCGUUGUGUUGUGCUAAUAUGAACAUUUCUGAUAAUUUAUAGAACUAUAAAUGACAAAACCAACCACCUGAACGGAGACAUCAGUCGCACGAGUAAAACCCGUGCGGAAGUUUUAUUUUGGCAAGAGCCCGAUACUGUCAACUCUUGAGACAACACGGAUUUGGCAUCGCUCUGUUUCUUUAGGAUACAAAAAUUGCGGGCCAUAGCUCAAUGAGACAAAUACUGUCCAACAGCUUUCGAUUUUCGGAGCCGGAUGAUAUAGCUCGUGCCCAAGUAGUUGAACAUUUGCAAUCAUCUUUGGGGAACCAGUCUCACCGCCAGGGCUACGAGACAUGGGCGUGUGCAUGGGCUCCCGACUACUCCUACUUUGCCUGGUCGUGUGGAAACCGGAUAGUUCAACUCCUACCCUGGAAUAGGUCCGCCAACUGCAUCCAAGAUGACCAGGAAUGCCACGAGACUCGACAAACUCUCACAAUCGACUGUGGGGAACUUGUGUGGUCAGUUGCGUUUGGGUCCGGGACUUCCAAGACUGACAACGCUCACGUGUGGACGAGGCUUAAACUUGACCACAACCUGAUCCUAGCCACUGGUCUGCAGAGUGGCCGGAUCAAGCUCUGGAACUGCGGAACAGAAUCUGAAUGGCACCUGCUGCUGGAGUUGCUGGACCACAAGGAUGUUGUCCGAGACAUGGACUUCGCCCCUGACGGCAGUCUCCACCUCGUGUCCGCGUCACGUGAUGGCACGCUCAAGCUGUGGGAUCUCAACAUGGACGGCAACAUGUACCGUACUCUCCGUCCUCAGUGCAAGUGGGUCUACAGUUGUAGCUGGUCACCCAAUAAGAAGUUCAUCGCCAGCAGCGGGAACUACAAAUGUGUUGUGUUGUGGGACGUGGAGGAUCCCUACGACAUGAAGGUGCUGCGCAAACUGGAGGGACACUACCAUGAUGUCGUCUGCUGUGAGUUCUCCCCCGACAGUGCCCUCCUCGCCACUGCGUCCUACGACACCCGGGUCAUUGUCUGGGACCCCUAUACUGGGGACUCGCUCCGAGAAUUCGGACAUUUGUUCCCUCCCCCGAGGCCGAUCUAUGCUGGCGGCGCCAAUGACCACUAUGUCCGAAGUGUCUCCCUAGCCGGUGAUGGCGGUCACAUCGCUUCUGUCUCAGAUGAUGGGUAUGUGAGAUUCUGGGACCUCCACACUCUGGGUGAUCCCCCCGUGAUCAGCGAGAACACCAACGCCCUCUGUUGUGCAUACAGUCCCGGUGGUGCCGUCCUUGCAGUGGGGACACGCAACGGCGAAGUUACGUUCUACAGAAGUGAUCGGGAGGUCACAAGUUUACUGCAUCUCACAAGAAUGAAAAUCAGGAAAAAUCUGCCCACACCCAAGAUAGACCAUCUCUCCAUCCCCAUCAAGUUGAAGGAGUUCCUCAAAUAUCACGAUGUGUAGGACUUUGCAUUGUGGGAAGACUAGUAUUCUGUGAGGAACCAUCAUGUUGCACCACAAGUCAUGUGACAAUAUCUUGGAGAUAUUUAAAUUAUGGAAUCACAUCUCGCUGGAUCAAGGAAUAUCUCACUCACUCAUUCAUAUCCUCAGUGACCAGGACGUUGACUUGGACCAACCAUUGGAUGUUCGGGGGAGUAAUUGUUUACAGAUUAUUUCUUGUCUAGGUUGGAAAUUUCCAUUAUCACAUUUCAGGAAAGACAAAUGCUGUUUUGACAUCUAUAGCAUGAAACAGUAUUGAUUGGAUUUGGGUAGCACUUUAUGGAUCCGAAAAUGGAGCUGGAUACAUGUGUAUUUGUUAUCCUGUUUUCAACUGAUUGGUUUGUGGUUGAUCCUUGCGUUUGGUCUUCAUUGUCUUGCGUCCGUUAUUUUGUAUGAGGUGGCGUGCUGGGUGGUGUGCUAGAGUGGCGUGCUUGGUGGUGUGCAAGGGUGGCGUGCUGGGUGGUAUGCAAGGGUGGUGUGCAAGGGUGACGUGCUGGGUGGUGUGCAAGGGUGACGUGCUGGGUGGCGUGCAAGGUUGGCGUGCUUGGUGGUGUGCAAGGGUGGCGUGCUGGGUGGUAUGCAAGGGUGGUGUGCAAGGGUGACGUGCUGGGUGGUGUGCAAGGGUGGUGUGCAAGGGUGGUGUGCAAGUGUGACGUGCUGGGUGUUGUGCAAGGGUGACGUGCUGGGUGGUGUGCAAGGGUGGCGUGCUGAGUGGUGUGCAAGGGUGGCGUGCUGGAUUGUGUGAUGACUUGGGUGUCCUGAAGGCUGUGUUCCAGCAGUUCCCAUCUACCUGGUCGUCAUGGUAACCUUCAGGUUAAAGCAUGUGCUGGUCACUCCGAAGACCAGGGCUCAAUUCCCCACUAGGGUACCAUGUAUGAAGCCCAGCACCAUGAGUGUUGCUAAACUCGGUGUAAACCAUACUCAUUCCCAUCUACCCCGUACAACCUUUACUGGGUUAUGCCACGUUGUUGUUGUAACGGUUUAAGCAACUUUUCUGUUCAAUACUCAAUUAAUAUAAAAAUAGAAAUACGUCGGUUUCAACCCUUGUUUACUAGAUUUGGAUCAUGGGAUUGUCUGUUUCACAUAAAACAUUAUUGCUACCAUUAUUUAUAGUUACCAUGUAUUAGUAUAUACAGCACCAUGUAGAUGUAGUUACUUCUGUCAUGGCAGUUAGUGAUCUUUAUAAAGGGUUGCAAUUAGGGCCUGGAAUUGCUUUGAAUGUCACAAUUGAUGAUUGGUUCAUUACAUUCGAUCAAUCAUCGGAAAUAAUUGGAUAGCGUUGUUUUUAACAUCUUCCUUGAUGUGCUUGUUAAUGCACACAAAAAAUGUCACUUUUUGUUUACAAUGCUCAAGUAUAUUUUCAUAAUUCAAGUUCAAACUGAUGCUUGAAGAAGCCAAAGAUUUGCCCUGUUACCUCGGUAACCUGCACACAAGAGUAAGAUUUGUCCCUGGGGUACCUAACCCACCUGCUUUAAUGUUGCUGCUAGAAUAGAUUGCAAUUUGUUAAACAUCUCGUAGUUUUGUUUGUAAGAUCUUACUUAUGACUAGUUUCAACUUUCACUGAUUUAAAAGAGAAAAAAAAAGAUUGGUGGUU